GCACCACAAUGCCCCUCCUGAUUCUCCCAGGCACAUCGAAUCAGAGGCCACCUCGGAAGAGAUGUGUAUCUCCAGACCCUUGUUUGCCUACGGCUGUUUGCCAUUGCCAGGCAGCGUCACGUCAGAGUUUGUGGAGUAGAGGUAAACACGGGGUAUAACAGUAGCGUUUCUCUCACUUGAUAGUAAUUCACUCCACACUUCUUCUCUCGACCGUUUCUCUCCAGAACCUUUCUGCACUCCACUCUGUACACUCUUGAACAACCACAACUCUACCAAAAUGGCAUCCACCAACCCCGCCAACUUCGCCAACCUUCCCAAGGAUGAGCUGAAGGAGAUUGCAGCCAAGGGCGGCCACGCUUCGCACGGCGCCCACCACGAGUCCAGCUCUGAUCACCCAGACCGCAACCCUGACGGCACCUUCACCAAGGGCUCCGAGCUCGCCAAGGAGCUGGGCGCUCAGGGCGGUCAUGCUGCCGCUCACCAUGGCACAACCGACAGCGGUCGCAACCCCGAUGGCACCUUCAAGGCUGGCAGCCAGCUCGCUCACGACCUUGGCGUCAAAGGCGGCCAUGCUUCCCACGAGCAUGAUGGCGAGGCAAGCGAUGGCCGCAACCCUGACGGUACAUUCAAGGCCGGCAGCAAGCUCGCUCACGAUCUGGGUGUGCAAGGUGGCCAUGCGUCGCACGCUCACCAGCAGUAAGCUAAGUGCAGCGCAGGACGGGGCUCAACGAAGAGCUCUCGUUUGGUACCAGAGAUCAAGGCUUAUGGAAAGCUCGGUGGAAACACCAAAGAUAGUAAUGACAUAAUGAUGCAAUGAGGAUCCAUUGAGGCACAGCCUUACACCGC